GAUUCACUUUUGUUUUUCUCAUCUGAAAAAGGAUCUCAAUUCUUCAACUGUUUAUCUUCCUUCACCUCUCUUUCUCCCUAUCCAUUAAAUCUCUUCUUCGCCGCAACAGAAGUGAUCCUUGGAACCAUUGCAAUUCCCUUCCCUUUUCACCCUAUAGAAUCACAUCAAGCAAUGGCUUCCGAAAUGCAAAAUCCACCUAGAGAAAUAACUCUACAGUCUCAUUAACCAAAGAAAUCAACCGAGUUUUGGAUCACUCUCGAACCAUUUGUUUCAUUCACAUCUCUGACCUCCCCGAGUUGGAAGACACCCGUUUGGGCGCAAAGGCGAUCUCUAUUCGGUUCUGAUUUCCUCUUAUCGAUUCUCUGAGUUUAGGUUAAUAAACCACAAAACAUAUGUUAAAUCAAGGUUAAAAUGUGGUUGGAACAGAUGGAGGCAGCAAACUACUCUUGGAAGAACCAACAACCAAUGUAGUUUUUUUCAGAUUACAUCUCAUCUGAGAAAUGAGAAUAUCACAUAUGUUGAUGAUCAUCUUCAUGAUAUCUCCAAGUAAGCUAAAUACACAUGAACCAAAAAAAACUACAACAUUUGUGUGGACGAUUGUAGCAUCUGACUGUAAUUGCAGGGACUGGCUAUACUCUGAAGUUUCAACUGUAUACAGGUUACAUACUACAAGAUAUGAUAAGAGGAAGAACAGUUACAGUUUAGGAUGGCAUUGUCAUAUGAUCCAUUGUGUUGGGAAUCAUAUGGAGGAAUUUGUAGUUUAGGUGUCUUUGAAGAAUCCCUCCACAGUUCUCUGCAAUGUAGCUUCCCAGCUUCUCACAAAACAUUGGUUUCACAAAGAAUAAACUUCUCAGAAGGAAAAACCAUGGACCAGCUUUGAUUGGCAAACAUAACAUGUUCCAGGAGAGUACCAACAUGAUCUGAUAUUAAAGCAGCUUAGAGCAGAGAUUCCGCCAGAUACUGACAAGCAACGUGACCGUAUUUCUCAUACACAUGUGAAAUUUCUUAAAGUUAAACUAGAAUGAGAGCGUAUUAGGUAUUGGAUGCUCCACUGCCUAAGCUCUAUAAGAGUAUGUGCCAUCCAAAAUGAGAGGGAUUGAUGUCCGUACAUGGAGUCUUAAAAAUAUUUCCCCAGAAGAAUUUGAGCAUCACAGGAGUGGUUAAAUAGCAACAAGGAGAAAGAUUCCUAUAUAUCAGUCAGCUGGACUGCUCUCAUCUCCGGAUAUGGUGAGAACACCAUGUUGCAAAGAAGAAGGAAUAAGAAAAGGAGCUUGGACUCCCGAAGAAGAUCAGAGGCUUAUUGCUUUUGUUCAACUACACGGUGAAAGUGGAUGGCGUACUCUCCCGGAGAAAGCUGGAUUGAAGAGAUGUGGUAAGAGCUGUAGACUUAGAUGGGCUAAUUAUCUAAAACCCGACAUCAAAAGAGGAGAGUUUACUCCUGAAGAAGACGACACUAUUAUCAAGCUUCAUGCUCUUAUGGGUAACAAGUGGGCCGCAAUAGCAACAAGCUUGGCGGGACGAACUGACAACGAGAUCAAAAAUUACUGGAACACAAAUCUCAAGAAGCGUUUGACACAAAAAGGUCUUGAUCCAACCACUCACAAACCGAUCAAUCCAACUGAUCAAACCGGUUUCGAGCCAAAAGUUCAUAAACUCGGUUCAUCCAGUUGCGCAAGACUUCUUAACCACGUCGCAAGGAAAUACGCCGGAGAUUUAAACCGGGACUUACUAACCGGAAUCAUCAUCGGAAACUCCUCAAACAUCGCCGAGGGUUCACAAAACUCAGUUGAGGUCGAUUCUCCAACUGAAAGUUCGACCUUCACAUUGCUCAACAAAGCGGCGGCAAGAUCAAGUGCUGUCACAUCGUUUCUGACCAACAAUAUGUCGUCAUCUUCCGGUCUUUCCAACAACUGUACUUUAGCCGACAAUCUCGACCUAUUCUUUAGCAACGAAGAGAUCUCCGAUAUGUCUAUGAAUGUCGAUAAUGUUUGCAUUAUGGAAGAGUUGAGGGAUAUUUUAAGCUACGGCGGUGCUGACGCCGGAGAUGUCAAAGACUUGCCGGAGUUUGAUGUAACUGAUGGGAUGGAGUUUCUUGGUUCUUGGAACGUAGAAGAUGACUUGGACUUGGAGAAUUAUUAUUGGUUUCGCUAGAUUCCAAGAUUGGUGUCGUCUUUGUCUGAUAAGUGUCGAGACAGAGAUAAAACCAAUUACACGUUGGUUGUUUCUUUAAUUGAUGUGUUGCUAUAUCGUCACAUGGCGGAAUAGUGAGUGUGUUGUAA